CCCUCCAAGACGGCCUUACAGAUGUCGUCCUGCAGUGAAGACGAUCUCAUGCACACUUUCAAUGGCAUCACUUUCACCAUCAGGACUUCGCCCGAGCUCUUAAAAUCCCUGGACACGUUUGACGCUAGAGAAGACGACAUCCUCUUGGUUUCGUACCCAAAGUCUGGCACUCACUGGCUUGCUGAGAUCCUCAUGCACCUGUACGCACCCAGAGUGUCUUUAACAUCCCCAAUUGAAUUUGGAGAUCUUUCCAAACUGGACCAACUGGACCGUCUUUCAGGCAAGAGAAUCAUUCCAACCCACCUGGACGGGAACAUGCUACCACCCGCAUUUACACUCAAGCAAUGUAAGGCUAUCUACAUUAUCAGAAACCCAAAAGACAUUGCGGUUUCCAUGUAUCAUUAUUACAGAGACAAUCCGAACCUCCCCACCAUCGAUUCCUGGCCUGUUUUCCUGGAGAUGUUCUUAAGAGGAGACGUUGUCUGCGGAUCCUGGUUUGAUCACGUCUUAAGCUGGGAGAAACACACCGAUGACAAAAACACUCUGUUCCUGUUCUAUGAAGAUAUGAAACAGGAUCUCCCAAAGGUUGUGAAGAAAGUCAGUGCCUUCCUGGCGCUCAACACCAGCGAGAGCAGGAUCCACGAGAUCUGCAAGAAAUCCUCGUUCAGCGAGAUGAAAACCAACACGGAGAAGGAGAACGAUCCGAACCACACGGUCUGCGCGCUCACGUCCAACCGGAAGCUGGUAUUCCGAAAAGGUGCCGUCGGCGACUGGAAAAACCAUUUCACUCCCAAACAGAACCGGAUGUUCGAAGAGACAUUUAACAAGAAAAUGAAAUUUAGCGAAGUGGCAAAACAUCUUGUCUACGAGUUCUGAUUGUGACGGCAACCAGCCACCAGCUGGCGACUGUAUGGAAAAGUUUGUUGGGGGGGGGGGGUCUGUAUAUAU